AUGUUCGGUGCCGCACCGAGUCCGAAUUCGCCACAAGCGAUCAAGCGGUCUCUACAGGCUGCGAAGGAGCGCUACCUCGCGGAGAAGGAACGGUAUCGCCGCGAGAGGGAAGAGCGUAAACGCAAGAUGUCAACAGGUCCGGCGAGAGGUGUGUCCGUCGCAGAAUAA